UGAAUUUAGCAUCACCUUUCACCCACCUUUACAAAUAAAAACAACAAUAACAACAUCAAGAAAACAGCAGAUCAUGUUACAUUGAGUCUACAUAUUUGGCGUCUACUCGUGUGGAAAGUUAGCGUUAGCUGAGGGCAAAUUGUGUGUUUUUACAAAUGAGUAUCUACCUUAAAAUGUAUAAUUAGAUUUACUAAACAUAUAAUGGCGGAAUAUAAUGAAUAUUACGAUGAAUAUCAGGGAACUGUGUUUAGACGUGAACCGUUUGACCCAGAAGAAUCCGCUGCUACGUUAAGAAAGGCAAUGAAAGGGUUUGGGACAGACGAAGAUGCAAUUAUAGAAGUUAUGUCAACGCAUUCUUCGGACCAGUUAGCAGAAAUAAUUCUAGCCUUUAAACAGCAAUAUGGAAAGGACUUGAUAAAAAACAUUAAGUCGGAGAUAAGUGGCAACUUUCAAAAGCUUGUACUGGCUCUGCUCGAGGACCAUCUAGUCUACGAUGUGAAAGAAAUCCAUGGUGCAAUCAAGGGUUUGGGAACAGACGAAAAGACGAUUCUUGAAAUAUUAUUGACAAGUGACAAUAAUGAAAUAGAAGAGCGUAAAGAAGAAUACAAGAAACAAUUUAAGUCCGAUCUGGAAAAGGAUCUAAUGGGUGACACAAGCGGACAUUUUCGACGUUUACUUGUCUCAAUAUUGACUGCAUUUAGAGAUGAGAGUGAAGAAAUUGAUGAGGACCUGGCGAUUACGGAAGCACAGGAAUUAUAUAAGGCAGGUGUUGGCAAAGUAGGUACCGAUGAAUCAACUUUCAACCGAAUAUUUUGUACAAGGAAUCACUUACAGUUAAUAGCAACAUUCAAUGCGUACCAGGCUAUUUACGGGAAGGACAUCGAGCAAGUGAUUAAGAAGGAGUUUAGUGGAGCAAUACAAGAUGGACUUGUUUCCAUAGUGCGAAUUGUUCGUAAUACUCCGGCAUAUUUCGCAGAGAGAUUUUAUAAAAGUUUGGAAGGUAUUGGAACGAAAGACAAUGAUCUGAUACGCCUUGUAGUAACUAGAAGAGAGUUGGACAUGGAACAAGUCAAGUACGAAUUUCUGAAAAUGUACGGCAAACCAUUAGAAAGUUUUAUUAAGGGUGACACAAGCGGUGACUAUAAGAAAUUGCUCCUUGCUAUUUGUAAAGAGACAGACGUGUCUGCUGUAAUGAAGAUGAAGCAGAUGUCAAUCAGCGAAGAGAAGAUUAAAGAUUACAAACCAAAAAAGGAAAAAAAGCAUAAAAAAGGAAAGAAAAUGAAAAUCAAAAUGAAGAUUAAAGUAAAAAGUGGAAGCAGUGGAAGCAGUGAUGAAAGCAGUGGUUCUAGUGGAGAGGGAUCAGAAGAACAUGAAUCUGAGGAGGAACAAGAAGAGGGAGAAGACGUCGAAGCAGAAGAGGGAGAAGAAGGAGAACCGGAACCGGAAGAAGAGUGUGAAGAACCGGAAGAAGAAUGUGAAGAACCGGAAGAGGAGGAAGAACCGGAGGAAGAAGAACCGGAAGAAGAAGAACCGGAAGAGGAAGAACCGGAAGAAGAAGAACCGGAAGAGGAAGAACCGGAAGAAGAUUAGGAUUAGAACGGACAUCCAAAAAUUGCGAAUACCUGUAUCAUAAAAUGCUCUGUCGAUCAUUCACCGAAUUUCAUUUCCGUUCUUUUUGCAGAAUGAAUUUCUUUAACGUUACAAGGUGUUAUUGAUAGUAAUAGGAGAAUUUACUUCAGAUUUAGUAAAUCAAAAUAUUCUAUUACAGCUUCCAUCUCAAAUGAGGGUAUUGCUUUCACUAUUUUGGCUAAAAAACAAAACAAUUUACUAGUACACGUAUCCAGCAAAAGGAUUUAUAUCGAUGUAAGUGUUAUAUUUGAAAAUGUCAUCUUUAAAUAGCACUUGGUUUUUAAUUUACUUGAUUUAUGUAUAUAAAAGUAAAGAAUUGUGAAGUGAACGAAGGAAAUUAUUUACACAUUGCAAACAGCAAUUGCAAUCCACGUAAAUUACCAAAACAGAGAGGUCAAAUUAAGCAAAAAUAGUCCUUUCUGCGUUAGUCACGCAGUAGAAAUAAUAUGAAAUUAGGCAAAGCCUAUGAACGGGGAAGUCGUUAAAUAAUCCUUUCAUUUUUUCCGUUUUAAAGGUGUCAUUCGUUAUUAUAUUAUCCGCUUCCGUUUUCACUCGGAACACUCGACGAUUAUUAUUAAUCCGAAAAGUUGAGAUUUGUUCCGUUAUCGGAAUACACCGCCUUUUAUCAUUGACUUACAUUGUAAAUGGCGGCGCCUUACUAGAACUGACACUGAAAAUUUCAUUGAUAGGUAUAGAAUUCUAUAUAUUUUUUAAUUGUUUUUUUAUUUGAUUUUCUUUUUAAAUAUACACGUGUAGUCUAUAGCCGGGCAAGCCAAAGCCCGGGCCUGCUUUGCGGGCCCGGACUUUGACUUCCCCGUAUAAUGAUUAAUACUGCAAAAUCAUACUCCUUAUUCGCACACAACA